ACGAUUUUAUGGUUCUAAGAAAUUUAGGUUUAACUGGUAGGUUGCUACGAUUUUACUGUUCUGGCAGAGUACAAGAAACGAAGAUGAAAGACUUUGAGAACGAUUAUGUAGUAGCCUAGUAGGUAUAUAGACAAAUCAUUGAAAACUGGUGCAACAUCUUCUAUCUGACCCUAUUUCAUGCUCAGAUGGUGUUUGUGACAUUAUUCCUUUCUUUUUGAAACUGCUCCACAGAUUGCUUGCUCUCUCUCUUUCUGUCUCUCCAAGUACACACAAAGGUAUAGGAAAGGGUACGAGCAGCCAUGGAGGAGGCCAUAGUUCUGUACCCAUCACCACCUAUUGGCCAUUUGAUAUCUAUGGUGGAGCUAGGGAAACUCUUAUUGACCCAAAAACCUUCCCUUUCUAUUCACAUACUCAUCACUUCUGUGCCCUAUGAUUCUGGCUCUACUGCCCCUUACAUUGCCAACGUUGCUGCCACCAUUCCCUCGAUCAAAUUCCACCAUCUUCCUACUGUAACCCUCCCUUCUACAAAAACCACCCAUCAUGAAGAACUCACUUUUGAGGUCCUUCGCCUCAGCAAUCCUCACGUUCGUGAACAACUAUUGUCCAUUUCAAAAAACUACACCAUUCAUGGACUUGUUGUGGACGCCUUUUGCUGUGCUGCUCUCUCUGUUGCCAAGGAACUCAAUAUCCCUGGCUACCACUUCUCCUCUUCUGGUGCUGGUGUUCUCGCUCUUUUCCUUUAUUUCCCAACCAUUCAUAACACCACCACAAAAAGUCUUAAAGAUCUAAAGUCCCUUCUUCAUAUUCCCGGUGUUCCACCAAUUCCAUCGUCUGACAUGCCAAUACCGGUACUUGAUCGCGACGAUAAGUCCUAUGAGAACUUUUUAGAUUCCUCAAGCAGCUUUCCCGAAUCAGCAGGUAUUGUUGUAAACACUUUUGCAUCACUUGAAGCCAGAGCUGUGAAAACAUUAUCAGAGGGAUUAUGUGUACCCAAUAACCGCACACCGCCAAUUUACUGUAUCGGACCAUUGAUAGCCACUGAAGGUCCUAAAGAUGAUGCAGGCACUCGCAAUGGUACUACGCUGGAGUGUCUAACAUGGCUGGACUCGCAACCAGUUGGAAGUGUUGUUUUUCUAUGUUUUGGUAGUUUGGGGCUGUUCUCCAAGGAACAGUUAAGAGAAAUAGCUUUCGGGUUGGAGAGAAGUAGGCACAGGUUCUUGUGGGUGGUUCGGAAUCCACCAUCUGAUAAGAAAAGCGUGGCACUCUCGGCACGUCCAAACAUUGAUUUAGACUCAUUGCUCCCUGAAGGUUUCUUGGAUCGAACCAAGGAGAGGGGACUCGUGCUGAAGUCGUGGGCUCCGCAAGUAGCAGUGCUGAACCAUCCAUCGGUAGGCGGGUUCGUAAGUCAUUGUGGAUGGAACUCGGUGCUGGAAGCAGUUUGCGCUGGUGUGCCAUUGGUGGCUUGGCCACUAUACGCAGAGCAGAGGCUCAAUAGGAUCUUCUUGGUGGAGGAAAUGAAACUUGCAUUGCCGAUGAAUGAAUCUGACAACGGAUUUGUGAGUUCGGCCGAGGUGGAGGAGCGAGUUCUUGGGUUGAUGGAGUCGGAGGAAGGUAAGUUGAUUAGGGAGAGAGCCAUAGCCAUGAAAAUUGCAGCACAGGCCGCAUUGAAAGAGGGUGGUUCUUCUCGGGUGGCUUUGUCUCAACUUGUUGAGUCAUAUAAGGAAAUAACCACAACUCCCUCUCAUGCGCGGUAGGUGUGAAGAUGGUGUUUAUCCUGUGAAACUAUGUCCUUUCUCAUCUCAAGCUCAUGCCAUCACCUUUGCUGGCACUCGUGCCUUCUUUGAUCGUGGGCGUCAUAGGCUGGGUCAACCCAGUUCCAAACUUUUGUCUUUUUUUUUUUCAUAGUUAUAACUUACCUGUGUCGUCCUCUUAGUCUUUAUUGUCCUGCGUUUCGUGUCAGUGCAGUCUUUAUUGUCGUGCGUUUCAUGUCAGUGUAAUAAGUCGCAUAAAUUAUCUUUUAAUGUCACUUUCCUUAUGAGUCAUGCUCCUCUUGAAUA